AUGGCAAUUGAAGAAACAGGUCCUCAACCGCACAUCAACCUCCAAAGAGGCUGGCCGUCUCCUCGUCUUCUACCGGCCAAAGCACUCCUCGCAGCUGCAGAGGGAGUCUUGUCAUUCCCCUCUCGAGCAACAGAUGCCUUGCUUUAUGGCCCUAACAUUGGAGAUCCAGCUCUCCGAAAAGGCGUCGCAGAAUGGCUCUCACGAUUGUAUUGCUUACGCUCACCACCAAGCACAAAUCCAGAAGCUUCACAGCCGGAACCAAUCACCUCAGAGCGUAUUUGCAUUACAAACGGUGCAUCGGGAAAUCUUGCUGCCAUUUUGUCUGCUUUCACGGAUCCGGUGUAUACCCGUCGUAUAUGGAUGGUUGAGCCGACGUACUUUCUAGCUUGCACAAUCUUUGACGACGCUGGCUUCCAGGGACGCUUGACCGGCGUGCCAGAGGAUGAUGACGGUGUGGACGUAGAGUUUCUGAGAGCACGAAUCAGUGAGGUCGAUCAAAAAGCUGAUAAACCGGGCGCGACUGCGGAAGAGGUCACUUUCAAGAACUCACCUCAAUACACCAAGCUGUACCGACAUGUCAUCUACCUCGUUCCCACAUUCAGCAAUCCGAGUGCGAAGACGUACACGAGCGCGCGACGAGAGGCUCUGGUUAGAUUGGCACGAGAGGUGGAUGCACUGAUCGUUACGGAUGAUUGCUAUGAUUUCUUAUCAUGGACAGUCCAGGAGCAGGAAAGCAAAGGUGUCAACGGAAACUCAAAAUCCUCUUCUGUGCCAACCCCUCCACCACCCAGAUUGGUUGAUGUUGACAAUUCACUGCCCGGAGGAGAUCUAAAAUGGGGGAACGCCACUGCGCUUCAUAUCAGACAAGCAGUUGUUUACGAUGAUCAACACGGAUAUCCCACGGGACUGGGUCAGAUUAUAGUCAAGAAUGAAGAAGAGGCAUGGCGAACAUAUCGAAAGCUUUCGGCAACGGGAUGGGAUGGGCAUCCCCUGACUGUGACUCUGGCCAGAGCUAGUUCCCCGACGAGACCGAUUGCUGGUCCUACGAAAAGUCCUCCGUCCUCGGGCCAUACAGUGGCGUAUGGAGGAAAAUUUGCAAGGCACUCAGUUGCAGGAACUCCAACGCCGGAAUCGCCAGUUACCACAGAACCCAUCAGAUCGCAUUCAAUAGCAUCAGGCACCUUAUACCCGCAGUACAUACCGCCAUGCACGCCAACGGGUCACAGCGAUGGAACCAUUCAGGGAUUCUCGCCAUUGGUAGAGUCUCCAGGGGGAUACGGACAUCAUCACCAUCAACAUGCACCAACUGGAUGGAAUAUGCAGCCCGAUGGAUUGGGAAUGCUCACUUUCUCGCCGCCGGGAAUGAGCAUGUUUCCUCCGCCAUUUGAACAGCAACAGAUCGAGUAUUCAUAUUACGUCCCAUACUCACAUCCGAUGCAGAUCCCGGUGCGUGGUCAGCCGAUGUAUGCAGAGACAGGAUACCAUGAAUUUCAGCAGCAGCAGCAAGCGCCGUCGGUCUUUUUCGGUCAGUAUCCACCAACGGGAAAUCAGUACUACCAGCACCAACAACACCAGGGUUAUCACGUCUACGCGGGGUAUGAAUCACGAAAACACAGCCUGCAUUCUAGCAGUACAUCUGAUGUAUACCCGAACACGGCCGUAACAGCAUCAUAUAACAAUAAUGGAGGCAUGCUUCCGCACCAAACACUACCCCAAGGCAUCCGCCACAUAAUAAUCGACAAUAUCUGCCCCGGCGUCGACGUCCAAAUCCUCCAAGACCAUUUCCGUGACGCUGGAAAAAUGCUCGAUUGCAAGAUCAUUCGAUAUAAUAACCACGAGAAUGGGAACGAAGCUAGAUAUAACGAGCUCAGUUACCCAGGCCAGUGCUACGCAACAGCCACCUUCUCAACGGUCGAGGAAGCCGAGAGAGCGGUUGGUAUGUAUAAUGGUUCUGAUCUGGGCGGAAGUAGGGUUGUGGUUCGGUUGGAUACAGAGUGGGAUCCCUCAAAUAUCGUAUUCGUUGUCGUUUACGACUUCGUCGAAUGCGCUGUUGGCAUCGUCCGUGUCAUCGUCGACGGCGACGUCUUUGGGAACCUUUUCCGAAUCCGCAACCUCCCAACUAUCAAACAUUCCCACGACGAACAAGGCUUAUUACCGGCACCACCAGCACCGCGAUAG